UUGUUUUUGUUUCAUUGAAUCGUAGACAAAAAGUUCCUUAGAAAAGACUAUAUUCAUUUUAAAGGCACAUCUCUGCCUAUAAAAACAGAAGAGUUACCUCACAAAAUCAGUCAGCGCUUUCUGUUCUUCGCCAGAAACACCGCACCAACUCACUUUACAUCGCAUCAGUAUUUUCCACGUCAAUCUGUCAGUUAAUACACAGGUAACUAGAAAUGGCUCCUCAUAUGUCUCUACUGGUUUCCAUUCUUUCCAUAAUUGCAAUUGUGCAUGCUAAACCUGUCACCACAGUAACACAGAGUGUAUCUGAACCAAACACCACAGCAACAUACAAUGAACUAGCAAAGCACGCAGUUCCAGUUGAAGCGCCAGCAGCUCUCGGGCACAGUUACCCCGAAGUUGCACCUCCAGACCUCAAAAAAGAUCUUGACAAUGAUCUAGCUGCAGCCGCUGUUCCAGUUGAGGCCACCGUAAAGCGUCUUGCUGAUGUUGCACCUGCAGCCGCCCCACAUAACGUCGCCAAUGUUGCACCUUCAGCCCUCGCAAAACAUCAUGACAAUGAUCUAGCUGCAGCCGCUGUUCCCGUUCAGGCCCCCGCAAGCGAUCAUGCCGAAGCUGUAGCAGUUGAGGCCCCCGCAAGCAAUCCUGCCAAAGCUGUAGCACUUGAGGCCCCCGCAAGCGAUUUUGCCAAAGCUGUAGCACUUGAGGCCCCCGCAAGUGAUCAUGCCGAAGCUGUAGCACUUGAGGCCCCCGCAAGCGAUUUUGCCAAAGCUGUAGCACUUGAGGCCCCCGCAAGUGAUCAUGCCGAAGCUGUAGCACUUGAGGCCCCCGCAAGCGAUUUUGCCAAAGCUGUAGCACUUGAGGCCCCCGCAAGCGAUUUUGCCAAAGCUGUAGCACUUGAGGCCCCCGCUAGCAAUCUUGCCAAAGCUGUAGCACUUGAGGCCCCCGCAAGCGAUUUUGCCAAAGCUGUAGCACUUGAGGCCCCCGCAAGCGAUUUUGCCAAAGCUGUAGCACUUGAGGCCCCCGCUAGCAAUCUUGCCAAAGCUGUAGCACUUGAGGCCCCCGCAAGCGAUUUUGCCAAAUCUGUAGCACUUGAGGCCCCCGCAAGCGAUUUUGCCAAAGCUGUAGCACUUGAGGCCCCCGCAAGCAAUCUUGCCAAAUCUGUAGCACUUGAGGCCCCCGCAAGCGAUUUUGCCAAAUCUGUAGCACUUGAGGCCCCCGCAACACUUGAGGCCCCCGCAAGCGAUUUUGCCAAAGCUGUUCCAGUUGAGGCCCCCGCAAGCGAUUUUGCCAAAGCUGUAGCACUUGAGGCCCCCGCAAGCAAUCUUGCCAAAUCUGUAGCACUUGAGGCCCCCGCAAGCGAUUUUGCCAAAUCUGUAGCAGUUGAGGCCCCCGCUAGCAAUCUUGCCAAAGCUGUAGCACUUGAGGCCCCCGCAAGCGAUUUUGCCAAAGCUGUAGCACUUGAGGCCCCCGCAAGCGAUUUUGCCAAAGCUGUAGCACUUGAGGCCCCCGCUAGCAAUCUUGCCAAAUCUGUAGCACUUGAGGCCCCCGCAAGCGAUUUUGCCAAAGCUGUAGCACUUGAGGCCCCCGCAAGCAAUCUUGCCAAAUCUGUAGCACUUGAGGCCCCCGCAAGCGAUUUUGCCAAAUCUGUAGCACUUGAGGCCCCCGCAAGCAAUCUUGCCAAAUCUGUAGCACUUGAGGCCCCCGCAAGCGAUUUUGCCAAAUCUGUAGCACUUGAGGCCCCCGCAAGCAAUCUUGCCAAAUCUGUAGCACUUGAGGCCCCCGCAAGCGAUUUUGCCAAAGCUGUAGCACUUGAGGCCCCCGCAAGCAAUCUUGCCAAAUCUGUAGCACUUGAGGCCCCCGCAAGCGAUUUUGCCAAAUCUGUAGCAGUUGAGGCCCCCGCUAGCAAUCUUGCCAAAGCUGUAGCACUUGAGGCCCCCGCAAGCGAUUUUGCCAAAGCUGUAGCACUUGAGGCCCCCGCAAGCGAUUUUGCCAAAGCUGUAGCACUUGAGGCCCCCGCUAGCAAUCUUGCCAAAUCUGUAGCACUUGAGGCCCCCGCAAGCGAUUUUGCCAAAGCUGUAGCACUUGAGGCCCCCGCAAGCAAUCUUGCCAAAUCUGUAGCACUUGAGGCCCCCGCAAGCGAUUUUGCCAAAUCUGUAGCAGUUGAGGCCCCCGCUAGCAAUCUUGCCAAAGCUGUAGCACUUGAGGCCCCCGCAAGCGAUUUUGCCAAAGCUGUAGCACUUGAGGCCCCCGCAAGCGAUUUUGCCAAAGCUGUUGCAGUUGAGGCCCCCGCUAGCAAUCCUGCAAAAUCUGUAGCAGUUGAGGCCCCCGCAAGCGAUCUCUAAUUCGAACGACAUUCACUCUAGAACAACUAUCUAGAUAAAUAUUUAUCUAUGCGAUACCAGAGACUCUAAUUAAUAUGAAUACUUUCCCCUCUGGGAUUGUUAAAACAUAAAGAUAGCCAAUCUGAAAAAUUCUGUACUUAUUUGCCGCUAUAUGCUUCUGAAAUAAAUAAUGAUUUAUUUCAGUAUAUUUCAUAUUAUAUAUUGUAUAAUAAAGAUUUAUUAUUUUUUA